AGUCGCACAGCCGGGCGCCCGCUGGCCGGCGGUGGCGCAGAUGGCCCCCUGAGCAGGCCAGAGCGGGAGCGGCGGGCGGGCGGGCGCCGGGGUCGGCGGGCGGAGGCCGGGUCCCGGCCUCUUUGUCUCGGCGGCGGCGGCGGCGGGCGCGCCCGCGGGGCCCGGGGCGGAAGUGCCGACGCGCUCCGAGCGCCCCGGGCCGCAGCGGCCGCACCAUGAGCGACAUCCGCCACUCGCUGCUGCGCCGCGACGCGCUGAGCGCCGCCAAGGAGGUGCUGUACCACCUGGACAUCUACUUCAGCAGCCAGCUGCAGAGCGCGCCGCUGCCCAUCGUGGACAAGGGCCCCGUGGAGCUGCUCGAGGAGUUCGUGUUCCAGGUGCCCAAGGAGCGCGGCGCGCAGCCCAAGAGGUUGAAUUCACUUCAGGAGCUCCAACUUCUUGAAAUCAUGUGCAAUUACUUCCAGGAGCAAACCAAGGACUCUGUCCGGCAGAUUAUUUUCUCAUCCCUUUUCAGCCCCCAAGGGAACAAGGCUGAUGACAGCCGGAUGAGCUUGUUGGGAAAACUGGUGUCCAUGGCAGUGGCUGUGUGUCGAAUCCCAGUGUUGGAGUGUGCAGCCUCCUGGCUCCAGCGGACGCCUGUGGUCUACUGCGUGAGGUUAGCCAGGGCCCUCGUGGAUGACUACUGCUGUCUGGUGCCAGGAUCCGUGCAGACGCUGAAGCAGAUACUCAGUGCCAGCCCUCGAUUCUGCUGCCAGCUCAUCACCUCCGUCACCGCGCUAUAUGACCUAUCCUCAGAUGACCUCAUCCCACCGUUGGACUUGCUUGAAAUGAUUGUCAGCUGGAUUUUUGAGGACCCGAGGUUGAUUCUCAUCACUUUUUUAAAUACUCCGAUUGCAACCAAUCUCCCAAUAGGAUUUUUAGAGCUCACCCCGCUCACUGGAUUGAUCUGCUGGUGUGUGAAGGCCCCUCUGGCUUAUAAAAGGAAGAAGAAGCCCUCCCUGUCUAAUGGCCACGUCACUACCAAAGUUACAAAGGACUCGGGAGGGAUGGACAGAGACUCCCACCUCCUAUACUCGAAACUCCACCUCAGCGUCCUGCAGGUCCUCAUUAUGCUCCAGGUGCACUUAACCGAGAAGAAUCUCUACGGGCGCCUGGGCCUCAUCCUGUUUGACCACAUGGUCCCGCUGGUAGAGGAGAUCAACAGGUUGGCGGAUGAACUGAACCCCCUCAACGCCUCCCAGGAGAUCGAGCUCUCUCUGGACCGGCUGGCGCAGGCCCUGCAGGUGGCCAUGGCCUCCGGGGCACUGCUGUGCACGAGAGAUGACCUGAGAACCUUGUGCUCAAGGCUGCCCCAUAAUAACCUGCUCCAGCUGGUGAUCUCGGGCCCCGUGCAACAGGCACCCCACGCGGCGCUGCCCCCCGGCUUCUACCCUCACAUCCACACGCCCCCGCUGGGCUACGGGGCCGUGCCGGCCCACCCCGCCCUGCCCACGCACCCGGGGCACACGUUCAUGUCGGGCAUGAGCUUCCCGUUCAGGCCCAUCCGCUAGGCCGGCCCCGGUGCCGCCGAGGGGCAGUGUGCCCUCCGCCCGGGCCGGAGGAAGCCUUCCAGAAAAGGGGGGAGCCGCCCCAUCAAAGAGGACCUUUCGGGGGCAGCCGGCGGCCCUUGUCCCCAGCGGGACUGUCUUGGUGCGGGAGCUGCGCAGCGUCGCAGCCCGGGGGCCCUCCCCGCCGGGUCACGAUCGCAGAAGUCCAGAUGGGAGGUAUGGAAGGAAGGAUGGAAGGCGCCCGCCCAGCCACGUGGGCGUCCUGCCGAGUCACCGACUCCACCGGCCGGUGUCUGUGGGUCGUUUCAGACGCGCCAGGAGCCCGUGCUGCCCCGAGCAGAGCUGCGAUGAGCAGCAUUUGCAAGUCCCUUCGGCGUCUGUGCGCGGGAAUGUGACGGCCCUGCCACCCGGUGUCCCUGGGAGCUCCGUGAGCUCGAAGCUGGGGCCUGGCGUGGGCCGGGCAGGGAGCGGGGCAGGGGGCCACUCGAGGACCGCCCGUCCGGCCCAAGAGCUCCUCUGUUUUAUUGGGGUCUAAAUUUUCCUUUCAUAUGUUCAAAUAAAUUUUUU